AUGAUAGAUAUUGAGGACAUACGUUCGGAACCCUCUGCCCUUAGUGCAAAUAACCAGGUUCAUCAGCGCUUCAUUAAGAGGAAACAAUCCCAAGAUGCCUUUGAUAAUGUUGGUGGCAACAUCCCUGGCAUUCAGCGUAUCUUUGUGCAGGUUUGGGGAUGUGCUCAUAACACCAGCGAUGCUGAAUACAUGGCCGGACUCCUUGCUGCGUAUGGCUAUAAGGUUACACUGGGCGGCAGUUGCGGCAACUGUGGUUCUAGUUCGGACGACGAUGAGGCGAAGGCGGCAGCCGAUUUAUGGUUGCUAAACAGCUGCACUGUAAAAGGACCCGCUGAAGAUCACUUUAGAAACGCCAUUCUCGCUGCCAAGACCGCCGGCAAGUGCGUUGUUGUCGCUGGUUGCGUUCCCCAAGGUAGCCCCAAUGUAGCUUACCUCAAGAAUGUUAGCGUGGUCGGUGUUCAACAGAUCGAUCGGGUUGUGGAGGUGGUCGAACAAACCCUGUUGGGCAACGUAGUGCGUUUCAUGGAGAAGCGUGUGUCUUCAGUAGAUGCUGUGACGGCGAAAGACAAGCUGGAGGAUUCUAAGACUCGUCAGAAACAUCCGCGACCUGGUGGAGUGCCACUCUCAUUGCCGAAAAUUCGGCGCAACCCAUUCAUUGAGAUCCUGGCCAUUUCGACAGGCUGCUUGAAUGCCUGCACUUACUGUAAGACGAAGCACGCCAGAGGCGUACUCGCCAGCUACACCGUUGAUGAGCUUGUUCAACGUGCUGUGGAGGUCUUUAAUGAGGGCGUAAAAGAACUCUGGUUGACCUCAGAGGACCUUGGUGCCUACGGACGCGAUCUCCGCCGCUCCGAGCACCCUCUGGCCACCACACCUCCCCACGUGGCUUCCAGGUGGCCCGAUCACCUGACCUUGGCAGACCUCCUCUUCGCUCUGGUUCCUGUCAUCCCAGCCGGUUGCAUGCUUCGUCUCGGUAUGACAAAUCCGCCCUACAUCCUGGAUCAACUUGCAGAAGUUGCCGCUGUACUCAGGCACCCUCGUGUCUACGCUUUCCUCCACAUUCCCGUUCAGUCUGGUUCCAAUGCCGUGCUGAACUCAAUGCGACGUGAGUACACAAUCGAGGAGUUUCAGAAAGUGGUUGAUUUUCUCGAAAAAGAGGUCAAGUCCGUAGACGGAGACAAGAUGACUGUGGCAACUGACGUGAUUUGCGGUUUUCCAACGGAAACAGAACCUGACUUCCAGGCCACCUUUCGACUGAUUGAACGCUACAAAUUUCCCGUCCUUUUCAUUAAUCAAUUCUUCGCUCGACCUGGAACACCGGCCGCGUCAAUGAAGCGCAUGGCAACGACUGCAGCAGUGAAGAAACGCACCCGCGCGCUUUACGAUCUUUUCAGGACGUACCGACCGUUUGCGGAUAGAGUGGGCCGUCGUUACCGCGUUCUCAUCACCGAGGCUAGCACCGAUGGCAAAUAUUGGGUCGGCCACACCAAAGCCUAUGAACAGAUUCUCUUGCCCAAGGAGCCCGAAUUGCAGGGUCAUAUGGUACUGGCAGAGGUGACAGAGUGUGAUAAAUUCUACAUGCGUGGCGUGAUUGUUGAUCGCGGUCCAUUCGUUUCUCUCUCCGUGGAAUUGGAGGGGACUUUUCCCCUCAGAUGUGACAGGCCCCCCUUGCGGUCGAGUAGUUACAGUAUCUCCAUGACGAAGACUAGGUCGAGUUUUUUGUCGUCCAGUCUAAUAACCGUUGCCCUCUUUCUGCUCAUAACCACAUGGGUUACAUCAAAACUGCUUAACAUUCAAUGA